GCCUUUUCCUGUCCACGUGACCCUUUCCAGUUGGCCAACGUUAAAAAAAAAAACACCCUAUAUCAGGUUGUGUCCCAAACAGCAUCCUAGUCCCUUCGUUCAUUCUCGAAGUCUGCACUUGGUGUGACGUCAUCAAGGCAUAACCGGACUGUGGAGCCCUUGAGUAGUCGAGUUCAGAAAACGAGUGUUUGGAACACGAACAAGAAUGACUGAACGUUAGGCUAGAUGUUAUGCUAGCGGAGUUGGUGAAAGUGUUUUAUUUUCGAAGUGGGUUCAUGUUUUGUUUUAGCAAUUUUUAGUAUUUUUAAUGAGCAGCUAUGAUGAAAGUUAAUUUUAUCAUAAAUUGGAAUGAGGUUAGAGCUGUUUAAGCGAGAACAAACAAGCAAACAGCCAGGCUAAGCGGCUAACUUGGAAACAAAAUGGCGGAUGAGGACUUCUUGCUGGCUGUGCAGCUGCAGGAACAGUUUGAUAGCGAGCUCUCGGGUUCUGGAUGGAGCGAUGGGAGCAGUGACGGCUGUCCUCUGAGCAAGAAGCGGAAAGUGGAGUCGUAUUCCCGGCCUGGGCAGCCUGAAAGGCCGCUGUCUAUAGUGGACGAGUCGUGGGAGAUGCUGGACCCGAAUCCAGAUGUUCGAGCCAUGUUCCUUCAGUUCAACCAGAUGUUCUUCUGGGGGAAACUCAGCGGGAUUGAAGUCAAAUGGAGCCCUAGGAUGACCCUGUGUGCCGGCGUGUGCUCGUACGAAGGCAGAGGAGGCCUGUGUUCCAUCCGUCUCAGCGAACCGCUUCUGAAACUCCGACCUCGUAAAGACCUGGUGGAGACGCUCCUGCACGAGAUGAUCCACGCCCUGCUGUUCGUCACGCAGAACAACCGAGACCGGGACGGACACGGGCCGGAGUUCUGCAAGCACAUGAACCGAAUAAAUCAAGCCAGCGGAACAAAAAUCUCUGUUUAUCACUCCUUCCAUGACGAGGUGGACGUGUACCGGCAGCACUGGUGGCGCUGUAACGGCCCGUGUCAGAACCGCAGGCCCUUCUUCGGCUACGUGAAGAGGGCGAUGAACCGAGCGCCGUCAGCCAGAGACCCGUGGUGGGAGGAUCACCGGAGAACAUGCGGAGGAACGUUCAGCAAGAUCAAAGAGCCAGAGAAUUACGGGAAGAAGGGCAAGAACGUCCCGAAGAAGCCUGUCAACAGCACUGCAGGCUCACGUUCUCAGGAUAUCAGGAACGUCAUCCCGUUCAGCGGUAGAGGUAUCGUUCUUGGUGGGAGCACACGUCCAUCAGCAUCCAUCCAGGAACCCCUCAUCCACAGUGCCACCCACUCACCAGAGCCAGCUGAUGCUACCACCACCACCGCUCUUCCGAAAAGGUCAAUCAGCAACCCCAAAGCCUUCGUCAAUGUCAGCGGCUCUCCUGUAAGAGUCACCAAAACCAACGGCAGCUUGUUGGGACCCAAACAGAGAACGGUAAAGGAUCUUUUCCGAAACAAAAGCCUGAGAUCGCCAGAGAAAACGAAUCCAACAGAACCAAAGCAAGCGUCCGUUAAUACACUGAUUUUGGAUAGUGCCUUAAAUCUGAACUCUGCUCAAACCAGCCCCGUUAAUAAGAGCUCGUCGGGUUCUUCAGGGUCGCCCCUUUCCAAAUACUUUGCUCGCACUAAGAGUACUGGAACCGGAAUUCCAGGUCCCAUCAAACCAGAAAACGGCGUUCCAGGUUUCACUUCAGGGCGGUUUGAAAACCGGAAAAGUGCUGCUUCGAUAUCUGAGAUCAAACCAGAAAAUGUUUGUGUUCCAACUUCCAGUUUAAAAUACUUUGGAAAUCCAAAAAGUUCUGGAGCCGGAACGCCAGAUUCCAGUUCGACCGGUUCCAAUUCAACACACUUUGGAAGCCAGAGCCAUUCAGACCCGCCUCCUGCCAACUUUAGCAGCAAGGUUCCGAGUUCCAGUUUCCCACACUUCAGAAGUCCCAAAGGUCCUGGAACCGGAAUUCUCAGUUCUAGUUCUCCAAGUUCCAUCGGCUCAGAAUGCAGCGUUCCAAAGUCCAGUUCGAGACGUUUUGAAAAUCAGAAAAGUUCUGGAACUGGAAGGUCGGCUUCUUCCAGCACGCCAAGCUCCAAUUUGACGUUCGUAGGAAGUCCAGAGAAAUCCGGGUCGUUUAUUCCGGCAUCCGCCUCCAGAAGCCCGCACAAACCUGGCGCUGGAGCUGGGACUGGAGGGAAGAAAAGGUGGCAGGAAGACCGGAAUUCUACACACAUCUUUGAUUUCUUCCAGCGAGUCGUCCACUCGCCUGCAUCUUCCUCAAUCUCCAAGGAGCGUCAGGAAGAGGGACCCGGUGCCGAAGUGAACUCUUCCGGUGCGUCCGGAGGGGGAGGUACCUUCCUCGGUUCCGCUCCCCUCACUGUGACCUGCCCCGUGUGCCAGAGCAAAGUGCCGGAGUCCAAAAUUAACCAACAUCUCGACUCAUGUCUCAUGUGACCGUAAUAGUGUGAGCGAGAGACGGAGAUUAUGAGCCGAAGCAUGUUUCUCGGCAAAGAUCUUGACUAAAUAAGGGGCGGCGCCUACGUUACAAAUUUGACACGAAAUUAUGGUCAAGUUUUCCGAUCGACUGGCUCAAACCCCGCCUUCUGAAAAUCAGGACACGCUAAAUAUACUGUAUGUAUUGAAGGAACAAUGGCAUCCUCGUUGGUCUUUUAGCGCUCGCUCAAGGAGAACGGGCGAAGUUUUAACUUCAUACCACCCUCAGGAGCGCUGCACGUCUGCAUAAAUGCAGAGACGUCAAUCUCAGGGACAACUUUCAGGUUUCUUGGGAAGGGCUGACAUUCAAGUCAAGCUUCAAAAACUUGUAGGACUGGAAACGUCCUCGUAAAACACUUUUUCAUGAGCAACGUAAAACCGCAUGUAAUCUAAUGAAUCGCUUCCCAAAGUCAAGUCGAUUCAGAGGCGAAUCACUUUCUGGCUGCAGCGAGGGUUCCAUUCAAACGCUGUAGACGUGGAAAAUAACUGGUUUUGCCGCUGAGAACAGGCGCAUCACGAAGCGAGCGUCCUGAUUGGGCAGCAUUGCUGUGAUCGACUGCUCCAUCCUUUGGCGCUUCAGCGUUAUCGGAUUUUUCCACAUCAUUAUCGAUUACGCUUCUUGUGCACCCCGUCAGGGUGUGCUUCACACCUUCUUCUUUUCAGCUCAACAACUCCACCCAGAAACAGCAGCAUGAUCCGGUGAAUCAAAGCAGACGGGUGACACAUGACUCACUUUUACAGGUGUUGCACGUCACGGAUGAAUACGUGAUUCGUGACUCAUAGCAGAGAUCGUGUUAAGAAAUAAAUCUUGUCACACAGCGCACAAGCUUUGGUUGGUUUUAUUGUCCAUGUUGAGCCUGGACACAAUGCUGCUGAUUUUUUUUUUUUAAAGAAAAAAUGAAUAGCUGCUCUAAAUCAGUGUAUUAUUAUUAUUAUUAUUAUUAUUAUUAUUAUUAUAAUGUAGAAUGUGUGUCCUAUCUGUUUCAAUUUUUGUACCAAGUUCAUAUUUGAAUAAAUAUAACUCUAAUCUGUCGUCUUUAUCAUUUAUAAUUUUAUUUAUUUAUUUUUUUUAUCGCACUGGGACGGGUUUGGAAAGCAGAACUGGGGAAAACCUUUUCUCAGGAAGAAAUCUGCCACCGGAAAAGUUUCACAAUCCUAGUUUUCAUUCGCAUGUCCAUACCGGAGUCGUCUUUAUGAGUAGCACGCUGUGUGAGCACAAUCGCUAUCAGGCGCGUUAAAAUGUAAAUAACUUUUCUAGAAUUUCACCAAAACUCAUUGAAUUUUCAGCAUUGUAAGAGAACUCCCUAAAGUAUUAUUCAGCAAAACCCCAGAAUGAUAGCACAAAUCUAGAAUUUUUAACAGAAUUUUAGUUCUUAAAAUUUAAGGUAAUUAUGGACAUCACGCGUAACAUUUACACCCGUGAAAAAUCACUUUGAAUGCGGUUUUGAAAGUUUUGAUCAAAUAUUCUCUAUAAUAAAAAAAAAAAAAUCGCUUAAAUAUUAUAAACAGUCUUUUUAAUGUAUCAAAAAAUAAUUUUGAUAAAGCAAGGAAAUUCGGAAGAAAAUUUUUUUCUUUUGCUUGUUGUGCGCGUCACGCUACCAAAAUCUAACUAACCCCUUCACGAACAAUUCCAACUUUCAUGGACUUGUAGCGCAAAUAAACCUUUCAAAAAAAUAUAUAAUACUUCUCACCCAGUAAAUUAGAAUCCUGGUGAUUUAUAUCCUCGUAGCUUCAGUAGAUCUAGAGAUUUAGUCGAUUUAAUAAAUCCCAAACGCUGUGAAACACGCCAGCCAUCUAUGGUGAGAAGUGCUGCUGUAGUUGAGAAACUCUCAUUUCUCCCGCUUCCAACCAACUCCGUGACCCAUACCAAAAUAACAAUGUCACGCUCAUCACUUAAGGAUGAUUUAUGCCAAGUUUCACGGAAAAAUACAGCGAAAUAAACUUGCUAGAAGCAUUUUUCAAAAUCCCAAACAUUAUGAAACAUUUCUUGUAGGGUUUCAGGUUACAAAUUUCGAGAAUAGAGAAAUUGCGGCGCAAAAGUUUGCCACUAAACUCGCGAAAAUACUCCGUCCUAGCGAGUUUCACAACCGAACUAGGCUACGUGACAGUCCGUGACCACCCAGAAAUGUUCUAGAAGGUACGCUUCUAGGCACAUGCGAUCGAGAAAGACGCCACGUGAAGGUAGUAAAGGUAGUAUUUCCACUGUCUUAUGGGUCAUUCUACGAAACCGGUGCCUUUUGUGUCCGCAUAAUUUCAUGACCUCUAAAAAAAAAAAAGUCAGAAAUUGUGAAAAUGUAUUUCAAAUGAACAAAACUGUUUAUUUAAGUGUUGUGAAUUACACAAUGCAUGUUUUACUGUCACUGUAAACAAAAAUCCUACAUUUUUUUUUUUCAUCUUUUUAUCAUAUACUGUACACAACCUAUUUUCCCAUGUCCGGGAAGUCCCGUAUGGAAUUUGCACCUAACAUAUUUACAUAAAUAUAUACAUUUUUCAAACAAUUUUUUUAUUAAUUUCAUGAAUAAAAUUACAUCCUUCGUAAAAUACAAUAGUUUUGUUUAGAAUAAAAGUAUCAUUUAUUAUCUAAAAAUCACAAUUUAUGCUCGUCCUACAAUUUUACAUACCACCCUGUAACGCUUACACAUUUUGGCUGUUAGAAAGACAGUGUCUCUUUAAGUGACAUCACAGGAAGCUGAUGACAUCACUCAAACCCUUGGCCAAAGUCAGGAUCCCAAGCAGGCAAGUUCCCACACAAUUUGAUAUGAUUUAUUUGCUCUUUUUGGUAGUUAGAUAGGGUCCGUUAAGCUUAACCUUACCACCCUGUAACGCAUAAUAGACAGGGAAACUAUAAAAAAUUCUUGUUUUUUUCAGCUUUUUAGGAAAAUGGAGGGAUUUGUAAACUGGAUUGUACACUUGUUAGCUAUGCUAGUUAUUAUCAGAACUAGCUGAGGUCAUUCUGAGGUGAAAUUUACCACCCUGUAACAUACCACCCUUUAACACUUUGUAUUGUUACAGGGUGGUAAAGGGAACAUAUGAGGGCUUGUCAGUGGCAUUAAGAUUAUAAUUCAUUCAAAUGUUGUAUCUAUAUUUAGGUAUUUACAAAUUAUUAUAAGUACAGAAACCUAUUUAUUUAUUUAUUUAUUUAUUAAGAGCACUGGGAAUACAAUCAAAGCUUCAGUGAGUCAUUAGCAGUGAGUUCAUACCAGCCAGAUAGUUUGAAUGCUGCGUUUUUAUGUAAACAAAAUCUAACAACCAGUUACGAGUUGUCCUGGAAGUCAUUGAACCGCCACAACCUGUGACAUCCCGUCACCUUGGAAUCCAGAGGGAUGUAUGGAAGCGUCUUUCCAAGAUCCAUGCCUAAUCAUCAUUAGAGUCAGAAAUAUAGCUAGAAUCAGUUAGAGUUAGAAAAGUUAGUUAACGAUUCAGGGUGCAAUGUUGGUGUUUUAAACAAUAGUUUCAAAGCUAAAUGUACUUCAUGUUUUUGUAUGGUCCAUGAGAAAUGAAAUUAAGAACAACAACAACAAAAAUAAUCUUCUGAAUUCUGCCCAUGUUGAAUGCACUUACUACUGUUUUUUUAUUUGUAUUUGUGAAACCUUUUUAUCAAUAAAUAUUUCAUAUGUA